UCUCUAUGACGUCGACGGCAAGCGAGCGUUGCCAGACAAGCAACGGGUGUUAGUGAUAGUGAGCUGCUCUGGCUUCCGCAGCCCCUCCACUUGCGCUGCCUCCAUUCUCAGCUGCUCUUGAUCAGUUCACAGUGUGUACUGAGAGUCACGUAUCACAACCAAUACAGGAAGGACUCUUGUGAUAACUUACAUCUUCAACAAUCAUCAUGGCAGACCCCAACAAUCCUCCCCUUUCGUACGAGGCGUCCGCCUCGACCUGCCACCCGCAUGUCGCCAGCACCUUACCUACGGAGGUGGUCUCCAGCCUCAAGAACUCGCGCUUUCUUCAUCUUGCAACCACCGAUGGCAUGACCCCCCACAUCUCCCUCAUGUCAUACACCUACCUACCCUCCACUCCGUUCGACCCAUACCCCACGAUUAUCAUGACCACCAACCCAUCCUCUCGCAAGACCAACCAGAUCCUGACAAAUCCUCGUAUCUCCCUUCUGGUCCACGACUGGGUCUCCCACCGUCCUCCUACGCGCGCACCCCACCCCGGAGGUGACCGAGAGGGCUCUCCGCCACCCGCAGCCACCCGUUCAUCCUUGGCUAGCCUACUGCUGAACUUGAAUACGAGUGCGCUGUCGAGCAUCUCCACGACAAUUGCCGGUACUGCCCGGGUUCUGGAGCCUGGCUCGGAGGAGGAGGAAUGGUGCAAGACACAGCACUUGGAGAACAACACUUUUGAGGAGGAGAUCGGCACGUUCGGACAGCAGCUCCAACAACAGCCGGGAGCAAGAAGGCCGAGCAUCUCGAUUGACAGUGAUGUGCGGGUAGUGACUGUGCAGGUCCGUGAGGGACGUAUCGCGGACUGGAAGGGAGGAGUGCGUGAUUGGCAGUUGGUGCGCGAGGACGAGUCGCAGGAGUCCUUGGUCAAUGGAGUUGCGCCUGCAUGAUUUCGACUCCCAGUGCUUUUUGUCUCAGUUUUCUUGACCAAUUCAGAUACCGCAUUGUCAACUCUGUCCGAACCAUAUCAUGUCCAUAUCAGUGGUUUGGGGGCACAUGUCCAAAAGUCUAGUGACUAUAUCUGCGUAUAAUGAAAACCAACAUGUCUAUAUAGGAAUUC